UUCGCGUGUUCGCGCGGCUUGUUGUUAUUGGGUUUUGGGCUAGAAUUGGACAAAUUAAAAAAAAUUAUGUGGUGAUAACGAAUACUAGUGAUUUUCUGCGUGCUAUAGGGCCAUUAUGUGCAAUCAAUAAAUUUAAUGUAGAUCAUAAUAUGUUGACAAGCAGCGUCAGUUGUAGCUGUUGACGAAUUUCAAGUGCUUUUACCUUACGGCAGUCCCCCCGCACCAAAAACCACCUCCAGCACCAGCAGCAGGAGGCCACAACAAAAGCCAAAGCAAUUAAAAAAUCAAUCAGAAUUCUAAUUGAGAGCUGAAAGCUGUGCUGUGUGCUGCGUGACAUGUCACCGCCAAAAAACUGUGCCGUCUGCGGCGACAAGGCCCUGGGCUAUAACUUCAACGCGGUAACCUGCGAGAGCUGCAAGGCAUUCUUUCGGCGGAAUGCGCUGGCCAAGAAACAGUUCACCUGUCCAUUUAACCAGAAUUGUGACAUCACAGUGGUAACGAGGCGCUUCUGCCAAAAAUGCCGCCUGAAAAAAUGCCUGGACAUCGGCAUGAAGAGCGAGAACAUCAUGUCCGAGGAGGACAAGCUGAUCAAGCGGCGCAAAAUCGAAAACAAUCGCGCCAAACGCCGCAUGAUGGAGCACACCGGCGGGGACGGUGCCUCGGAUCCCGAUGACAGCAAGGCCCAGGCAGACAGCAGCAGCAAUUUGGAGCUGUACUCCGGAUCGCAGGACUCGCAGAGCUGCGGGUCGGUGGAGAGCGGCGGCGCCAAUGGCUGUGUGGCUGGACGGUCCUCGAGCGAAAUAAAUCCGCUGCUGAUGACGGCCGAUAAAAUCGUGGAACAGAUUGUCUCCGAUCCGGAUCGUGCGUCCCAGGCCAUUAAUAAAUUGAUGCGCACCCAAAAGGAGGCCAUUUCGGUGAUGGAGAAGGUCAUUGGCUCCCAGAAGGAUGCCCUCCGACUGGUCUCCCACUUGAUUGACUAUCCAGGCGAUGCGCUGAAGAUCAUAAGUAAAUUUAUGAACUCGCCGUUCAACGCUUUGACAGUAUUCACAAAGUUCAUGAGUUCCCCCACGGAUGGGGUGGAGAUUAUCUCAAAGAUUGUCGACUCGCCAGCCGAUGUGGUGGAAUUCAUGCAGAACUUGAUGCACUCGCCGGAGGAUGCCAUUGAUAUCAUGAACAAGUUCAUGAACACGCCAGCGGAGGCGCUGCGUAUUGUCAAUCGCAUCUUAAGUGGCGGCACGAACACUGCCCAAUUAACGGACCGCAAGCCAUUGCUGGACAAGGCACCAGAGUCGGAACGGAUUGGGAAGCCAGCCAGUGAACGCGUCGACACGGUUAUACAGUCGAUGCUGGGCAGCGGGAGCCCCUCGCCAGUCCACACAAGCGCCAGCUCGCCCCACGACUUGCAGUACCAUUCGCCCAGCUCGAACCCCAUGGGCAGUGAACAGCCCAGCACAUCGAGCAGCCAUCCACUGCCCGACAUAGCCAAUUCCCCAGACUUUGACCUCAAGACGUUCAUGCAGACCAACUACAACGAUGAGCCCAGUCUGGACAGUGACUUCAGCAUCAAUUCGAUUGAGUCUGUGCUGUCGGAGGUCAUUCGGAUCGAGUAUCAGGCGUUCAACAGCAUACAGGCUGCGUCGCGGAUAAAGGAGGAGAUGUCCUACAUGGGGGGACAGUCGUACAGUGGCUGCAAUCCGAACUCAAGCAACAACCAGCAGCAGCAACUGCCACAGCAGCCAAUUUGCGCUCCAUCGAGCCUGCACAUGGACCGCGAACUGAACGAAGCUGAGCAAAUGAAGCUGCGUGAACUGCGCUUGGCCAGCGAAGCUCUCUACGAUCCCGUGGACGAGGAUCUAAGUGCCCUGAUGAUGGGCGACGAUCGCAUAAAGCCUGACGACACACGGCAUAAUCCGAAGCUUUUGCAGCUGAUCAAUCUGACGGCUGUGGCCAUUAAGCGGCUAAUCAAGAUGGCCAAGAAGAUAAGUGCAUUCCGUGACAUGUGCCAGGAGGACCAGGUGGCCCUGCUAAAAGGCGGCUGCACCGAAAUGAUGAUAAUGCGUUCGGCAAUGAUCUAUGACGAUGAUCGCAAUGCAUGGAAGGUGCCACACACCAAAGAGAACAUGGGCAACAUACGUACUGACCUGCUGAAGUUCGCCGAAGGAAAUAUUUAUGAGGAACAUCAGAAAUUUAUAACCACCUUUGAUGAGAAGUGGCGCAUGGAUGAGAACAUCAUAUUGAUAAUGUGCGCCAUUGUCCUGUUCACUUCAGCACGAUCCCGUGUGAUACACAAAGACGUGAUUCGAUUGGAACAGAAUUCCUACUACUAUCUUCUGCGAAGAUAUUUGGAGAGUGUUUACUCUGGCUGUGAGGCGAAAAAUGCGUUUAUCAAGCUAAUCCAAAAGAUUUCAGAUGUGGAGCGUCUGAAUAAAUUCAUUAUAAAUGUCUAUUUAAAUGUUAACCCAUCCCAGGUGGAGCCUCUGCUGCGUGAAAUAUUUGAUUUGAAAAAUCACUAAAAACCGGACACCGCCGGGCAUCUAAUGUGCCGGCCGUCCUGCUAUAAUGGAGAAUCAGUGAGCUGUAGUUGUUGUUGUUUUUAAUCGUAAUUGUGCGUCGCUCACUGAUUUUUGUUUUUAUCUGUCGCUUAUACUGUUAGAUUUUAGUCGAAUGUGAUUGUUAGAUUUGCAAAUACUAUAUAGAUUUUAUAUUUCUACAUCAAAGAGAGCAUAUUUAGGAUACAAGUGCAAAGCAACACAAUCUAAAUGUAAUGUACACACCGUUUAAUUAGUUUCAAAUAAAACUAAACUCAAAUGAAA